CAAGGCCGUUUCGGCUUUCCCAGGGUCGUCCGCCCAUGGGAUAUGUUCCAUUGUAGCUGCUGAGGAUAGAGAAUGGGGAGUGUUUUGCUCUUCCUCAGCUGUGUUGUGCUUGCAGUGAGCAAGGCCACACGAACAGCAUUUGAGCUUCUCGAUGAAGAGGAAAAUGAUCUAGUGCAGCGCAGGCAAGAUUUCGAUGACUGGUGCAAGAAGGAACUGAGCAACCAGGAGAAACUGCGACAAGAACUGUUGCAACUUCAAGAGGAUUCAGAGAUCGAAAUUCCAGGUGAAUUUGAGGUGCCUGGAAAGUUAUUGGAGAUUGCCAGGCAGCUGAAGCCAAACCCACCAGAGCUGAAAAUGGCCGAUCUCACUGUGAAGACUCUGAGAGCGGUCGAGACCGACUUGGCUCGCUCACAGACUCUUUUUUUUGGAGAGACGCGAGGGAUGCAUGCAUUGCAAAAGCUGUUGCGAGAAGCCAGCGACAGGAUGAAGGGUCUCUCAUUGGGUGAUACGAGCCGCGCAUCCUUGACAGUUCAAUUGGAGACACUCAAGGCCGAGCAAAAAAGUGCCAGCGAGCAGCUUGCUGCGCGACAUGCAAAGUCAAUUGCUUUGCGCAGCGGUCGAAAGGUCUUAGGCACAGCCCUGGCACAAACACGAGCAUCUCUAGUGGAGGCUGCCGGGCUUUGUGGCCUGGGCCGCACUGUUCUUAACAGGAGCGAGUCAACAGGGAAGAUGCUUUCGAGAAAAGCUUUAGAACUUAUAGGUAUGGUGGAGGGCUCAGCAGAUGCUACUGGUAGCAGCUCAAGAGAGCCGGGUACAAAGCCUUUGGUGGAGCAGUCAACAGAACUGCCGCGCAAACAAGCUGAAAAUCUAGACGUGCAAGCAGUGUCGGGCCCUCUCUUGGCGUUGUCACGGCAGCUCCAGCUCCAACAACAGCACAUACAAGAUCAGCUGGACGAGUUGAAGCAAAUGAAGCGCCAAGAGUUGGCACCUGUGAUACCCGUUGUACCAUCUAUGCCAAUGGCAACGGCUGCCACAGAAGUGGCCUCCCAGGCACCGAAGAUGCAGGAGAGUGGCCAGUUGGAUUCCAACGAGCCGCUCGCUUCCAGCAAGCCAAGACUCAAACAUGCCAAAGUGCCACUAGCUUCAUUAGCCUUAGCCACAGAGAAUGUGGCAGCUAAAGAGGCUGCAUCAGGUUCAUCAUCUGCAGGAACUAUCCUAACUCCAAAAACCGAGUCAAAAGUCGCGGAGGACCCAACACUCUUACAGGCUCCGAAAGACUUUCCUGCUGCAUUGCGGGGCGGUUGGCAAGCGCUUUUGGCUCAGAAGCGCGUUGAAAGCAGGAAAAAGCCAGCAAGAGGUGAAGAAUCUUCUUCCAUUAUGGAGCUCAUGCAGACACCCAAGACUUAUACCGCGUGGCAACCCGAUUCGGGCCCAUCUCAGCCUGCUGGGAAGGCAAAAGAGGAUUUGCUCGCAGCAGAGAGGGCAUUUGAUGAAGAGGAUGAUGCAGACAAGGGUGGUGGAAAGAAGAAAUCUUCUAGGUCUUUUCUGCAACUGCAUGACAAAGAUUUGGGCGACAGCAUGGACGAUCUUGGCGGCAGAGAUCCAUUGGCCUUUUUCCAGCUUGGCGAUCUUACUGGUAUUCCUCCUUUUGCUGCUCCUCGAGCUCAGUCGGAGGUUGCGCUACUCCUUGGAAAGUUUGCAGAGUUCACCAACAGUAGCACGUUGUUUGAGCUUUCACGCUCUCAGCUUCAGAAGCAGGACUUUGAUAUUUUGUUGCAGACAGAGCCGGAAGAAGAUAGAUCCCUGCAGUUUUGCAAUUCCCUUGUCCUCCAUCAGAGCAAUGACCUGGAGGCCGAUGUGACAGCUGAGCUGCAGAAACACUACGCCGAAACCAAGGCCCGACUUGAAGGACAAGCACUUCGUCAUGAGGUGAGUGCGCGAGAACACCUUGUGUCAGCUUUCACCAAUACAUCUCAGCGGUUCACAACUCUUCAGCAACUGCUGGAGCGCAGCUUUGAACACGAAGAAACAAGGCUUCAUGGGUUGGAACAGCAGCUGAUCCAGCUGGAAUCCACCAAAAGCGCCCACACCACUGCUGAGGAACUGCACAGCAUCUUGACAAGUUUGGUGACAACCAUGCGCGAGUCGCGAGAAAAGCUUGAGGAUGCGCUUGGAGCCGCUACUACCCGACAACAACAAGCAGAAGAUGUAGAUCAGCAAGGCUUGAAGAAACUGCAGGCUGACCUGAGGAAGUUAGAGGAACCUUUGCACCACGCCCGCCCCAAUCCAUUGGAGAAGAUUUGUGGCUUGGCAAAGGAAAGCUUUGCCAAGAGGCAAGAGAAGCAGAGAAUGGAAAUCGUGGCACUUCGCACUGCCAAAGCGCUGGACGAUGAACUUGCCUGAGGAGUAAGAAAGAUUGGCAUUGCG